AUGGUCAAUUUAGCUAUUGUAGGAACAGGUAUAUUUGCAACAGACACUCAUUUACCAACAAUUCAAAAAAUAAAUGAUUUAAAUCCAAUUGCAACUUAUAAUAGAACAAAAUCAAAAGCUGAAAUAUUUGCAAACAAGGCUCAUAUUAAUUCAAAUAAAGUUUAUGAUUCCCUUGAAGAAAUUUUUAAAGAUUCAGAAGUUGAAUUUGUUGAUGCUUUAUUACCUGUUCAAUUUAAUCUCGAUGCUGUUAAAUUAUCAAUUGAAUAUAAUAAACCAAUAUGUUUUGAAAAACCAAUUGCUGCUAAUUUAUCCCAAGCUAAGGAGAUUGUCCAAUUGAGUAAAUCUACAGAAUUGCCAAUUAUGGUAUUGGAAAAUUGGUGUUACUUAAAAGCUAUAACAGUGUUAAAAGAACAAGUCUUGCCUCAAAUUGGAGAAGUUGUCGGGUUUACUUAUAAUGCCACUGGUCCAUUUAAUGAUACAAAUAAAUAUUUACAAACUACAUGGAGACAAAAACCAGAACAUAUAGGUGGAUAUUUAAGUGAUGGUGGUGUUCAUCAAUUAGCUUUAUUAACUGAAGUUUUAGGAAAUGUUGAAUCUAUAUCUGGAUUAACUAAACAAUUGAGAGAAGAAUCAGGUACUGAUGAUGUUUUAUUUUCAACUUUAAAGAUGAAAAAUGGUGUAAUUGGUACCUUUACAUAUGGUUCAGCUUUUGGAGCAACUGAUAAAUCAACAAGUUUUAUAAUUUAUGGUAAAAAUGGUUCAGUAAAUUAUGAUUGGUCUCCUGGUCAUAAACCAAGUAUUAUUUAUGAAACUGGAACUUCUCAAGGAACUAGAUCAAAAAAGAAGACAAUUGAAUUCGAAGAAGUUGAUACUAUUGAGGAAGAAUUUAAAAAUUUUAGAGAUUCAGUGGUUAAGAAAGAUAAAUCUUUAGUUGUUGUUCCUCCUGAAAAGGCAUUCCAUCAUUUGGCUAUUAUUGCUGCUGCUUUAAAUUCUUCAAAACAAAAUGGUGCAAGUGUUAAAAUUGAAUUACCCUAA